ACACUGCCCCCUUCCUGCGCCGCCGGAUCACAACUACAAGAGUCAGCAACAAGAACAAACACGCCGCCCUUUUUUCUUUUUCCUCCCCUCACAAUAUCAUCGUGGGUAACUUCAAAGCGUCACAGCUCGCGUGUCUUUUUUUUGAAAAUUUAUUUAUUAUUAUAUAUUUUUUUGGUGUGUCUGUUUGUUUUGUUUUUCGACCCGGAGCGAAGUGGAUUCCUUUUAUUUCACCCACGUUACUUCCCCCACCCGGCGUGGCCGUGGAUUAUAAAAUGAUCACGUUGAGGGGCCGCUCGACUGCGCGGAUUAACGUGACGUAAUUGACGUUUGGGGCUCGUAUGAGUGACGUACAUUGGACCCCCACGUGGUCAUGUAACGUUAUUCCCGAUGUGAUAUGUAACAUGUAACGCCCGCUCGUCUGGCGUUAUUCGCGCGAUAAGUUUGUCGGCGAACAACACUUCGUCAAAGGGUUGAAAGGUCACCGGACGCCGUCCCCUCUUUUCCGGUCGUCAACACGCCAUGAGACGCUGAAGUCCUCCUUCCGUCCGCGACGCCUUUUCAUCUUUUAUCUGCCUCCGCCGCAACACACCACAAGCUCGGAGGGGGGAUGUACGAGAGCGUGGAUAUGGUGGGCAUGAGCCCCAGCUCCCACAGCCCCAGCAGUGGCUCCUUUCUGGGCAUGGACUACUAUCACAGAGCACCGGGACUGGAGCCGGAGAAAGGACUUCUUCCCGGCGUGGGAGGACUUCAAAGGCCGUUCGGGGCGUCCCUCCUGACCGCCAGGCACUGGAGCGGAUCUUGUCACUCAAUUGAAACUGAAAGCACGAGUUCUGGAGAAGACUUGCUGGUCACAAGCCCCCCGUCCCCACCGCCUCCACCACGCAUUUACAAGCCCUGCUUUGUAUGUCAGGAUAAAUCUUCUGGUUAUCAUUAUGGAGUCAGCGCCUGUGAGGGCUGCAAGGGGUUCUUUCGGAGGAGCAUUCAGAAAAACAUGGUAUACACUUGUCAUCGGGACAAAGUUUGCGUGAUAAACAAAGUGACAAGGAACCGCUGCCAGUCCUGUCGGCUGCAGAAAUGCCUGGAUGUCGGAAUGUCCAAAGAAUUGGUUCGGAAUGAUCGGACGAAGAAAAAGAAGGAAGAGAAGAGGCAGGUGGAAGUGGAAGUCUAUGUGUUGUCAGCAGACACGGAGCAGAUGAUCGAGCGAGUACGGCGCGCACAUCAGGACACGUUUCCCUCGCUUGGUCAGCUGGGAAAGUACACUACGAGCAACAGCGCCGAGCAUCGUGUCCCUCUUGACGUCAACCUUUGGGACAAGUUUAGUGAACUGUCCACCAAAUGCAUCAUCAAGACAGUGGAGUUUGCCAAGCACCUGCCCGGCUUCACUACGUUAACCAUUGCUGAUCAGAUCACUCUGCUCAAAGCCGCCUGCCUCGACAUCCUGAUAUUAAGGAUUUGUACACGCUACACCCCGGACCAGGACACCAUGACCUUCUCGGAUGGUUUGACUCUGAACCGCACUCAGAUGCACAACGCCGGCUUCGGGCCGCUGACGGACCUGGUGUUCUCCUUUGCCAGCCAGCUGCUCCCACUAGAGAUGGAUGAUGCAGAAACAGGACUACUGAGCGCCAUCUGCCUGCUAUGUGGAGAUCGUCAGGAUUUAGAGGAGUCGGACAAAGUGGAUGUUCUUCAAGAACCCCUGUUGGAAGCUUUGAAGAUCUAUGUCCGGAGGAGACGGCCUGACAAGCCCUGUAUGUUUCCGAAGAUCCUGAUGAAGAUUACUGACCUCAGAAGCAUCAGUGUGAAGGGCGCAGAGCGAGUGAUCACGCUGAAAAUGGAGAUACCGGGUUCCAUGCCGCCACUCAUCCAGGAGAUGCUGGAGAACUCUGAGGGACUGGAAGGCCAAGGCGCCGCAGGAGGAAAAGGAAGAGACAGAGUCGCUCGAGAACAGGAAGAGACCGAGCUCCCAAAUUCCCCUAACCUGUCCCCGAUCUCAGUCCUCUCUCCCAGCCGCAGUCCACCAUCGAGCUCUGGCUCUUACUCCACCUGAAGCUCCACUCCUAAAGUACCUCCACCUUGCACAGCACUGCACCAACCACACCACAGACGGAGGUGUGUCACCUGCAUUUCGUCAAUGGAGGUGUGUGCACAGCAUUACUUGGACUGUGUUGCGUUAUGGACUUGGCCUUGAAUUUAUUCUGGAAUUUGGACAUUGUUGAUGCUUAUUUGGUGCAUAUCACUUUUAAAGGGGAACUGCAAUUUUUGGGGAAUUUUGCCUAACAUUCCCAAUCCCUAUGUAAGACAAGAACACGCUUUUCUUUUUUGUAUGCAUUGUAAGUCGUAAAACACGGGAUUUACGAGGUGGCUAAUAAUGCAGCCAAUAGGAAUGCAAUAUUCCAACUAUAAAGCCCUCUAAAAACAUCCAAAAACAUCCAUUCACAUCUCGUGACCUGAAUAUUACCCAGGUAUUAGCGAUAUUGUUAUUAUAAGUGCUGACACAGACAAACUAUUUUACUUGCUACAGUAUUGACAAACUGAGCUGCUGCUUCUUCUUUUUGUUAAGCGAUCCCGACCUCUGCACAGGACUCGCAAAGAUUGUCUGCUUGACCGCAGAUAUUCGUAAGUCCUGCGGUAGUGCAGGUUAACCCCCGACACCGAGAGCACCAUCAAUGCUUGGCAAUUGCGUACAAUGUUAGGAAAAGGUUGCGCCCGUCACACACAAAAGAAUAGCCGUUGCACAUGCACAAAAUCCCUCCGUUUGCAAAGGCACCAACCUUGCUUGCCGCAGAUUUUAUCACAGACGCAGAGGCAAGAUGACCAGAAGCAGCAGGUUCCUGAGGGUUGACGUCUCCUGGGCUAUGUAGCGGCCUUAACACUGCUGGGUACCAGACCUGUCCGCCAUUGAUGGCCCUACCAGGAACCGAACAUUCCAAACGGCAUAGCCCUGACACUACCACGCUGCCACCGCCCCGACUACGCUGAGGAAGGGUUGGAGUUUUACAGGGAUGCGUCUGAGUUUGCAAAAGUAUAUCAUAAAUCAUGCCUUUUACCUGGAUAGUAGAAGGAUGUGGACAUAAACCGACAAGUUGGUCCAUUAUGACAUUAAACUUAGACCUGGAGAUGAUGAGAAACUACAAAAAAGAUGCUUGUUUUCGCCCACUUUAAAAAAAAAAAAAAAAAACCUACGUUAGGAUUACGAUUAAUUCUUCAUCUAAACGGAAAGAUAUGAACAUCCCAUCAGUUGUUAUCCCAGCAAUAGUAAGUGAUUGUUUUAUUAUUUUCAUAGGUAGCAAUAUUGCUACAUGAUGCUUAGUGUUUCACUAAAGAUGGAUCUGCUUAUCACUCAGCUUCUAAAACUCGGAGAUUAUAUUCAGGCUCAAAAAUUUAAGGUUCUGGAUCAGACCUGGCCAAUUAUUUUGACUCGGGGGCCAAAUUUACAGAAAAAAAUAUGCCUGGGGGCCGGUAUAUCUGAUUUUUAGGAACACUAAUACAAAACCUCUCAAUUAUGUCUGAUUGAAUGCUAAAAACAUUAUGACAGACUGCCUUAAAAAACAUAAUGGAAUUUUUAAUUUUUUUAUGAAGGAUAAAACACUGAAUAUUGACAACACACAUUUUACAAUCAAGUGAAACGCAACAAAAAUGCAACAAACUGUGAAAUAUGAACGCAAAGGGUACAAAAUAAACCCACCUACAAUCUGAUACAUCAUUUGCAUAAUUUCCCCCAGGGAUCAAUAAUCUAUUGUAUUCUAAUCUAUUGUAUAUAUCACUAAGCUUUAGAACUUUGUUGUGAAAAUCUCCUUCCGCGUCCGUGGAAACGCUUCCCGCUAACACUGCUUGGUGCCUCGUCUGAGCUGCUGUGACGUAGAUGACCAUAGCAACUAAUUAGAUGACCAUAGUAACUAGUAUAUCAUCCAUAAACUCACAUUCCAAGCAUUGAAAUACUUUGUAUAGUUAAAGUCUUACGGUCAUUAGAAAACAUCACUGCACAUCAUAAUGGCAGCUACACUUUCCUUCUUGAACAUCUAAAAAAAUGACUUGGGAAUGUCCGGCAGGCCGGAUUGAAAAGCUAAACGGGCCACCUGUGGCCCCCGGGCCUUACUUUGCCCAGGUUUGUUCUGGAUAAUAAUUUGUCACAAAGUAGUCCCUUUCUUUCCCAAAGUCUGCCAUGAGUAAUCCUGUUGUUGUUGUUGAAGAUAAAAAGCGAACGUUGUGAUGCUUCUGAAAUUUAUAAGCUGCCGAAAGCUUGAAAUGAGCAAAAUAUUUAAUUAGAAUAGUUUUUUAUUGCCAAGCAUGUUCCCACUUACAAGGAAUUUGUCUUGGAAUGUUGGUGCAAAAACAGCUAGCAUAAGAAAUAAGGCCAAGAUAGGCAAGAUUUAAAUAAAAUUAAAUAAGAUGGGAGGAGUAAAAGGCAAUAUCUAAAGUAGAACUUAAGGACCUCAAAUACAUAUAUAUUUACAAAAUACAUAUUUAAAUAUUACAUGUUAUGACUGGUACUAUAUAAUAUAUACUGUAUAUACUUAAAGGUGGUUUUUGGAGCAGUUCAUAGGGCGACAUUGUUAGCCGACUUCUGCUAGUGUUUAUUUACGAUUUAGAAUGCAUCAAAAAAAGAAAAACAUAUGUUCUGUCACAUAAGGAUUGUGAAUAUAAGCAAAGUUUAAAAAAAAAAAAAGUACAGUUCCCCUCUAAGCAAAUGUUGUACAUUUCAUCAAAUGUAUAUUUAUGUUGUUUAGAUUUAUGAACUAAAUAUGAGUAAUUAAUUUUUCACGUUUUAAAUCGGUCAAAAACACACCUGUGUUGACCAGCCCAAGUCCUGGUCUACCAAAUUCUUAUGCGUCCACUAACACGGUGGACCACUUUUAUCGACAUCACGUUUGAGAUCCAAAUUUGUGUUAAAAAUGGCUACGUUUAUGUUAGUAUAUUCAACCUCAUUAUUAUCAUCGCUUACAAGUGGGCCAUUUCACCGAAUCGGUGCCAUUUGCUUGUUUCUAAAUAAACUUACAUUUCUGUCCAUUUUUCAGCUGCUAAUUUCUUAAUACUAAUACAAACCCUGUUUCCAUAUGAGUUGGGAAAUUGUGUUAGAUGUAAAUAUAAACAGAAUACAACAAUUUUCAAAUCAUUUUCAACCCAUAUUCAGUUGAAUAUGCUACAAAGACAACAUAUUUGAUGUUCAAACUGAUAAAAAAAAAAAAGAAUUCAAAUAAUCAUUCACUUUAGAAUUUGAUGCCAGCAACAUGUGACAAAGAAUUUGGGAAAGGUGGCAAUAAAUACUGAUUAAGUUGAGGAAUGCUCAUCAAACACUUAUUUUGGAACAUCCCACAGGUGUGCAGGCUAAUUGGGAACAGUUGGGUGCCAUAAUUGGGUGUAACAGCAGCUUCCAUGAAAUGCUAAGUAAUUCACAAACAAGGAUGGGGCGAGGGUCACCAAUUUGUAAGCAAAUUGUUAAACAGUUUUACAACAACAUUUCUCAACAAGCUAUUGCAAGGAAUUUAGGGAUUUUACCAUCUGCGGUCCGUAAAAUCAUCACAAAGUUCAGAGAAUCUGGAGAAAUCACUGCACGUAAGCGAUGAUAUUAUGGACAUUUGACCCCUCAGGCGGUACUGCAUCAAAAACCGACAUCCGUGUGUAAAGGAUAUCACCACAUGGGCCCAGGAACACUUUAUAAAACCACUGUCAGUAACUACAGUUGGUCGCUACAUCUGUAAGUGCAAGUUAAAACUCUACUAUGCAAAGCGAAAGCCAUUUAUCAACAACACCCAGGAACGCCGCCGGCUUCGCUGGGCCCGAGCUCAUCUAAGAUGGACUGAUGCAAGGUAGAAAAGUGUUCUGGAGGAAAAUAACCAUCCGGAUUGUUAUAGGAGCAAAGUUCAAAAGCCAACAUCUGUGAUGGUAUGGGGGUGUAUUAGUGCUCAAGGCAUGGGUAACUUACACAUCUGUGAAGGCACCAUUAAUGCUGAAUGGUCCAUACAGGUUUUGGAGCAACAUAUGUUGUCAUCCAAGCAACGUUAUCAUGGACGCCCCUGCUUAUUUCAGCAAAACAAUGCCAAGCCACGUGUUACAACAGCGUGGCUUUGUAGUAAAAGAGUGCGGGUACUUUCCUGGCCCGCCUGCAGUCCAGACAUGUCUUCCAUCGAAAAUGUGUGGCGCAUUAUGAAGCGUAAAAUACGGCAACAAGACCCCGGACUGUACAUCAAGCAAGAAUGGUAAAUGAUUCCACUUUCAAAGCUUCAACAAUUAGUUUCCUCAGUUCCAAAACUUUUAUUGAGUGUUGUUAAAAGAAAAGGUGAUGUAACACAGUGGUGAACAUGCCCUUUCCCAACUACUUUGGCAGGUGUUGCAGCCAUGAAAUUCUAAGUUAAUUAUUAUUUGCACAAAAAAAAAGUUUGAGUUUGAACAUCAAAUAUCUUUGUAGUGCAUUCAACUUAAUAUGGGUUGAAAAGGAUUUGCUAAUCAUUGUAUUCCGUUUAUAUUUACAUUCAACACAAUUUCCCAACUCAUAUGGAAACGGGGUUUGUAAUAUAAUGUUGAGCUUGCGACUUCAUUAUUGUACAAGCUUUUUUCUUGGCCAAAGAUGACUCAUUUGAGUAACAGGAGGGAGUUUUAGGAAUAGAAUUCACAAACACAUGUAUGGCAUUUAUGCUGACAUUAGUCAUUCAACAAAAUGUAUUUUAAAAACCAGUAACAACAGUAUUUUAGGUAACAGGAUUUGUACUGCUACUGAGAUUUUAACAACUCUCCCCCUUGAUGGAAAAUGAGUGAAUUUACCUUCCCUUGGUCUCAGAAGUGUUUUCAUGCACUCUCAUCUCAUCAUCGACUAUCGACAUAAACCACCCUUCUCGAUCGGAAUGUUUACAUUAAGCAUUUUUAUUCCGGUUAGGCUUUUAAUCCAAUUAAUUGUGUCCAUGUGAACAUAGCUAGUGAUGCAACUUUCUAAGGAUAUUCCACAUUUUUUAGUGGGUUACAGUGAAAACUCAAAAACACACCAAAAAUGUGAAAAUAAACAAAUGUAGAAUACAUUUCUGAAGGAUUUCAAUGAUUAUAUUUCAUGUACAAUCUUCAUUUUAGGAAGCGGGGAGAGACAACACGCUAUUUGUGUCAGUGUUUAAAGUAAGGAGUUUAAUUUACAAAAGUUUAUUUUUUGACACUUAUUUAUGUAACUGAAAGUUUUGCAUUUUAUUUUUUCAGCACAAUGUGUGUAUAAAAAUUCCGUGUAGAAAAAUUGAGGUUAAAAAAAUUAAUUGUAUAAAAAUCCUGUGUGUAAAUCAAAAACUUCAGUGCGUGUUUAGAAACUCAGUGUACGAAAAUUCAGCGUAAAAAAAUUCAGUGUGUGUUUAAAAAUUCUGCGUUAAAAAUAAAGUUGUGUAUAAAUUACAUUUAAAACAAUUCAGUGCUUAAAAAAAUCAGUGUAUGUGUUUAAAAAUUCAGCCUAAAAAAAUUGUGUAAAAAUUCUAUUGAAAAUAUUUGUGCUGAAAAAUUCAGUGCAUGUUUAAAAAUAGAGCAUAAAAAAUUCUGUGUAAAACUAAAAUAAAAUAAAAAUGCUGUGCUCAAAAAUUCAUUGUGAGUGUUUAUAAUUCAGUGUAUGAAAAUCCAGCAUAAAAAAAAUGGUGUAAAACUUCAGAAAAAUUCCGUGUGUGUGUGUGUAUAAAAACUGAGUAGAAAAAUAAAAAGAUUCAGUGUGUCAAAAUUAAAUUUGAGAGAAUUUUGUGCUGAAAAAUUUGGUGUUUAAAAAUAAAAUGUAUACAUUUUCAGCAAAAAAUAAUUCAGUGUGUAAAACUACAAUUUUAAAAAAUACAACGCUGUGUUUGGAAAUUCAGCGUAAAAAAAAUUCAGUGUGUAAAAUUCAGCGUAAAAAAAUUCAUUUGUAAAAAAAAUAGUGUAUAAAAAUUCAGUGUAAAUAAUUCAGUGUGAAACUAAAAUAAAAAAAAUGCAGUGCUCAAAAAUUCAGUAUAUAAUAAUUCAGUGUAUGAAAAUCCAGCGUAAAAUAAUUCAAUGUGUAAAACAAGUUUAAAAAAAUUCAGUGUGUGUUUAAAAAUAAAGUGUAGAAAAAUUCAGCGUAAAAUAAUUCAGUGUGUAAAAAAAAAAUGCAGUGCUCAAAAAUUCAGUGUGCGUGUUUAAAAAUUCAAUGUAUGAAAAUUCAGCGUUAAAAAAUUGUGUAAAAAUUCAGUGCAUAUAUUUAAAAAUUCAGCUUAUGAGAAUUCACCGUAAAAAAAAAUUAAUUGUGUAAAAGUUCAAUUUAAAACAAUUUCUUGUUGAAAAAUUCAGUGCUUGUGUUUGAAAAUAAAGUGUAUAAAAAUUCAGUGCUCACUUCCAGUAAAUUAAGACCGAAGCAAUGAAUCCUGUCUCAGAACCAUCAGGUGUCAAAUUUGAAGUCCUGUGAACAGCAUAAAAAAGGCAGUUAAUUGGGUUACUUGGGCAUUAAUAAAACCAUCAUUAACACUUCAAUGCUGGAUUUUUUUCAAACUAUAGAAAUGAUUCAAACGGUUGAAACCCGCACUAGACUCUGAAUUUUUUUCGAUGGAUUUUUAAACACGCAUUUUACUAAAAAUAAAUUGUUCAAUGUAAAUACAAAUUUUUACAAAAUUAGAACCCAAAUUGGCCCUAGUGUGUGAAUGUGAGUGUGAAUGUUGUCUCUUUAUCUGUGUUGGCCCUGCGAUGAUUUGGCGAUUUGUCCAGGGUGUACCCCGCCUUCCGCCCGUUUGUAGCUGAGAUAGGCGCCAGCGACCCCAAAAAGGGAUUAAGCGGUAGAAAAUGGAUGGAUGGAUGGAUGGAUAGAACGCAAAAAACUCAGUUACAUACAUUCAGUGUCAAAAAAGAUUUUGUAAUGGACACAAAUUAACUUCCAUAUUUACGUCGUUUAUAAGAAUAUUUUGAAUAUUAUUUAUCAAAUAUGCAAUCAUUUCAAUGUGCAGGACACUUGGUUAAAAAAAACGUUAUCGUUACUUUAUACUUUACACAAAAGGAAGCGUUUGGGUGGAAUGGCCAAACUGUCGUCCCGACUUGCAAGCAGUGACUUCCUGUUCAGUGCGAAGUAAGCAUCAAAAUAAAAGCAUGGAAUUUUUAUCCUGAAACGAACCAAAUGCACCUUUUUAUUUUCUGAUAUUGCCAUCCGCUGGAAAGAAAAAUUUGCGCAUGUACCAAAUGUCAACACAAACGGGCUUUAUGACGGAUUAUCUCCCCGUGUAGACGAUAACCCUCUUAUGCAUUUUCUCUGAUGAGAAGCCAUGUGCGUUAUGCAAAAUCCAUAUGUGUGUAUAUAUAUAUAUAUAUAUAUAUAUAUAUAGUAAGUACAAGAUGCUGUGACAGAUAGACUGUGAUAGAAGAUAUUUUCCUAAAUCCACAUUGUGUCUCCUCAAAGUAACACUGCCAAGAGUUCUUCCAAGGAUAGACACACAACCUCACGCUGUGGAAAAAUCUAUUUUCCAAGCUCACAAAAAUGAAAGAAAAAGAAAAAAAGCCGAUCCUGUGAGACUUUGUACAGUAGCGUAUGUUGGAAAGCUACACGGGUCAUGACUGAUACUGCGAGUGCAUGUCUUACACAUCUGAAAAUGAAGCGUAUCGUUUGUGUAUCGCACUGCCUGACUUUGAUACUGCCUGGUACAGAUCUUUAUACAAUCCCCGGGUUUUCCCUAUUAAAGGGGACCUGGUAUUACCGCUACACACGGGAAUAUUAUCUGCUAUAAGGAAUGCAUGAUUCACUUUUUUGUAAAUAUAUCUCACACUGUACUGUCAUCUUUAAAUUCCUCCCCCCUCUUCUAAAAUAAACCUUGUUUUUUUGUUAGUACUCUGUUCAAAAAGGUCCGUAGGAAACCCGACACAAUGCAUAAGAAGGUUGCUGAAAAUUGAAAUAUUCCCCCAAAACAUGUUUUAUAGAGAAUAUGUAGUUUUACAUGCAAUGAAAAAAACAUAAAUGGUGAAUGAAAUGGAUAAAAAUACAAGUUCUGUAUUGAAUUCACUGGUGUUUCUUCAUCGUCUUUAUCAAAGUGCUGACGCACACAUUUUCCGUAAUUUGCAGUCGUACUCAAUAAAAAAAAAAAAGCACAGAUUGAGUCACCAA